AUGGCUCCGAAGAUUGCUAUAGUAUUUUACUCGAUGUAUGGCCAUAUUCGGCAGCUCGCUGAGGCCGAGAAGAAGGGCAUUGAAAAAGCUGGCGGGACAGUCGACUUAUAUCAGAUCCCCGAGACGCUCCCUGAAGAAGUUUUGGGUAAAAUGCACGCUCCACCAAAGCCAACUGACAUUCCUGUUCUUGACGAUCCUGCUACUUUAACUAAAUAUGACGGCUUCCUUCUCGGCAUUCCCACUCGAUAUGGCAACUUUCCUGGCCAGUGGAAGGCAUUUUGGGACAAGACAGGUGGAAUUUGGGGCUCUGGUGGCUACUAUGGAAAGUACGCUGGAGUUUUCGUCUCUAGUGGCACCCCUGGUGGUGGCCAGGAAUCAACGGCAAUUGCAGCAAUGUCAACUCUUGCUCACCACGGAAUUAUCUAUGUGCCCCUUGGAUACGCCAAGGCUUUCCCUCUGUUGACAAACAUCUCAGAGGUCCGCGGUGGAAGCCCUUGGGGUGCGGGUACCUUCGCUGGCGCUGAUGGUUCACGGCAGCCAUCGGCUCUUGAGCUUGAGCUUGCCACAAUCCAGGGCGAAAACUUCUACCACACUGUUGCUAAAGCCUCUGGCUGA